AUGUCUGAACACAACCCCGAGCCGCCGUCCCCGAGGAUCGUCUCCGAGCGGUAUGAUGCGCCGCCCGCUGCCGCCCCCUCCUCGCGCGACAUGGCCGCCACGCCCGAGCGCAGCAAUGGGAGCCAUGGGAGCACUGGGAGCACUGGGAGCACUGGGAGCACUGGGAGCACUGGGAGCACUGGCAGCACUGGCAGCACUGGCAGCACUGGCAGCACUGGCAGCACUGGGAGCACGCCCUUUCGCGCCCUCGCCGUCUACAUCUCCAGGCUGCCCGACGGGCCCGUCAAUGCGCUGUGCGGGGCCUCGGCCGGUGUCGCUUCCGGCAUCGUCACCUGCCCGCUCGACGUGAUCAAGACCCGCCUGCAGGCCCAGGGCUCCUUCCGCCCACGCACCUACCAGGGCCCUGCGCGCGUCGUCUACAAGGGCCUCACCGGCACCGCACGCACAAUCUGGCUCGACGACGGCCUGCGCGGCCUGUACAGAGGCCUCGGCCCCAUGCUGCUGGGCUACAUCCCCACCUGGGCCGUCUACAUGAGCACCUACGAGUCCACAAAGGACCUGCUCAACGAACGCAUGGAGAACAAAUGGCUCGCGCGCACAAUCGCCUCCAUCACAGCAGGCGCUUCCUCGACCUUCGUCACCAACCCCAUCUGGGUCGUCAAGACCAGGCUCAUGUCGCAGGUCAGUGCUCGCGCCUCGCCAGAGCACCGCCCGCCCUGGCACUACAGGAACACCCUCGACGCCUUUCGCAAAAUGUAUGCCACCGAAGGCAUUGCAUCCUUUUACUCUGGUCUCUCGCCCGCUCUGCUCGGCCUCACCCACGUCGCCAUCCAGUUCCCGCUGUACGAGUUCCUGAAGAUGAAGUUUACCGGCCUGGAGAUGGGCCAGGCAGGAGCAAGGUCGGAGGAAGUGCACUGGUUCGGCAUCAUGGCCGCCACCGUGCUCAGCAAAGUGUGCGCAACCACCGCCACCUACCCACACGAGGUCUUGCGCACUCGAUUGCAAACACAGCAGCGCUCUCUUCCCUCUGCCUCACACGACCACGUCUCUUUCCAAGGAGGCCGACACGGAGUCGGCCACCAGACCCGCCCCCCGGGAACGGCCUCCUCAGACGGCAUGAUCAACAUGCCCAGAUAUCGUGGUGUCCUCAAAACAUGCACCGUCAUCCUCCAGGAAGAAGGCUGGAGAGCCUUCUACAACGGCAUGGGCACCAACAUGGUCCGCGCUGUGCCAGCAGCAGUGACCACUAUGAUGACGUUUGAGUCACUGAAACUCCUCCACCUGAAGCUAAAAUCCGAGGGCAACAGGAUACAAGACGAGGACAGCGAGUACCGACGAAGCUGA